AUGGGUGAGAUUGUGACCAAUAUGGGUUCGUGUUUUGCCACUGGACCAAGUGAGUUUAUACUACUUCAACCUUAAAGCUUACUUAAAAAAAUCUUUUCCAAGUUUGUUUGCUCUAAAGUCAGCUAAAUCCUCAAAGUAAAUACUCAUGAUACCAUUGACCUCGAGCUCAGGAAGAAACAUUUUAUCGUUUUCUUCUUGAAAUUUUUAGAAAUUCUUGCUUAAUUUGUCAAAAAAUGGGGUUUUUGAAAAAAUUUUGGCAUAGCUUAAAGUGUAAUGUAUUCAAAUGUGAAUACACAUGUUUUCAUCUCAAAUAGUCAUCAAAAAAGUAAUACAUAACUGGCAUGGAACAUGUCGCUUCGAGUAGAAAUGACAUGGGCAAUUUAUUCUUCCUUUUUUCCUUUCAUUUCGAAUCGACUUUCCUUUUCCCCCUCAAAAAAAUUGGUCGAGACCAAAAUGGAGAAAAUGGAUGCCCUUAGGGUUUCGGAGGGGGAAAGGGAAGGGCCGAACAAACAAAACGGCUUGUUUUGGAAACGUUACGACUUUCGAGAUUGUUUUGCUUAUCUUUUCAGAAGUCACCCUUCUCAACUUGUCACCCUCCGCCAUCACCGACCAAGAGAUCACCGACAAGGCCAAGGCGGAGUUCGCGCGGGCCGCCACGCCCGCCGAACGGCUCCGCUUUGGCUGCAUUGCCACGGGGAUUGCGCACUUGAAGAGCUUUUCGCGGUAAGCCAGAUUUUUUUCAAAGUUUCCGAUAUUAUAGUAGCCAUCAAGCAAUAUGGAAAUUUCUUGAGAUUCCAAGUUCAGAUCUUUUUCAAAUUUUACAUUCCUUAUCUAUCAAGGCUAAAUGUCAUUUUCUGAUACUUUCAAAGGAUAGUUUCCAGAGCCGGUCGAGAUAUUCAACGACAAUUUUUGCGAGAGAGUAUGGAAAAUGAAGAGAGCGGUCAGAGAAAAAAACUUUUUUCGAUAUCUCCUCGGAUUUCACAUGGAAAAAGUUGAGAUUUCGCAGGAACGACGAAAAAGAAACUAAAAAAGAGUAUCAAGUUUCCAUUACAUAGAAAACUCUCAAAAAGUUUUGAAUUGUGGCCAUUUCCGGGCAAAAAACCGGGAUUUUUUGUAAAAUGAGAAGUAAAAUUUUACAUAUACAGUGGGGGACAUGAUCCAGUGGCAAAAAAAGUACCAUUUAGCAUCCGGGAAGUAUCAAAAAUGUGGCAAAAUACUUCCCUCUCCAAGUGAAAAAACUCCGCGGAGUUUUUUUCACUUUUUCACUCCGAUUUCAAAAGCGCUCUUUUUGUGAGGGAAAGGGCGCGUCCUUCAAAUCGUAGUUUUUUUCACUUGGAGAGGGAAGCAUUUUGCCACACUUUUGAUGCUUCCCGGAUGCAAAGUGGUAGGUUUUUUUCCACUGCAUCGGGUCCUUCACUGUAAAAAUUUGCUUAUAAAUAUCUCAUCAAAAUGUUUUUUAACCCUAACAUAAAAAACCAUAGCGACUAUUUACACCCCAUAAAUUUUCAGCUACAUCCGUCAACAUCCAAAUCUGACCCUCGCUCAGCUCCAUGAGCUCGUCACAAAACUGGCAGUCUCCUUCACAGAUGAUGAUCUGGAUCAGCUCAUCCCCCUCUACGUCACGAACGGCCGAAUAAACACUCAAAAGCUCUUAUCCGAUGUAAAAAUUCCAUUGGCUGAGCACAGACAAAAACUUUUGCGGGAUGUUUUCGAAAAAAUCGCUGGCGAAAAAGGCGCGACAGAAGUUGAUGUCGCGAAAUUUGUUCGGAAUUUCUCCUUCAAACAGGAUCGCGAUUACGUAUCAGGGAAGAAAAGUGACAGCCAGAUCAGAGAGGAGUUCAAAAAGAAGUUCAAUUUGGCAGAGCAUGAGGACGGAAAGGCAAGGAUAAUAUAAAUUAAAAAAAUUUUUGAAAUUUCAGGUUACCCUCGACGACUUUAUCGAUUAUUAUGGCUCAAUCAGCUACGGAUGUCAUUCCGACGCCUACUUUGACUUGUUUUUGCGGCAGGCGUGGAACUACUGA